AGAAUGAGAUUUGAAGAUUGAAAGAUUGAAGUUUGACCAAUCAGAAUAAAAGGAGCCAAAACUUUUUUGUCCUUAUUGGUGAAAUUUUAAUCUUUAAUCUUAUUCUUUAAUGCGUAGUCUGAUUCCGGCCUUAUACAAGAGUCUGUACUCUCCGCUAUACUGUGCCACUAUCCGUAUAUCCCAGCUGAUUGGUUGCUGCUUCCAUUGCUUAACACGUACAUGUAGGAAAAGAAAAACAACCUUAGACCGAAUAUUUGGGUCCGUGACGAUUUUAACCUUGAUCGAUAACAUGAAGUCGGACAAUACGGAUAUGCAUAGAGGUACAAUACUCCUGAAACCGGAGGAAAAUGAACAUGUCUUCCAGUUAAUAGGAAAUCGAUGCCAGUGUUUAGCAGCUGGUGUUAUACAAUUAUAUUUGACUGAAGCUCCCUUACAUAAGGAUUGGGUUAAAAAGAAUACAGGUAUUAUUACUCUAAUAAGAGAUAAUCCAAGACGCAGUUUCUUUUUGCGAUUAUAUUGUUUGCAAAGGAAGAUAAUGAUAUGGGAACAUGAAAUAUAUAAUUCAAUGGAUUACAAAGCACCAAUGUCAUAUUUUCAUACAUUUGAGGCAGAGGAUUGUAUGGCUGCAUUUAAUUUUGCAAGUGAAACCGAAGCUAUUACAUUAAGAAAUAUACUUCUUGGAAAAUUAAAUGCUAAACGUCAAAGAAGACAAGAAAGAAAAGCAAAAGAAAUGCAAGGUAAUAUUACUUGGAAGAAUCAAAGUAGCAUAUCAUCCUUUACUGUUACAUCAGGUUCAUCGGGUAAUUUGUCAAAUGGUGCACUUGCUACAGUUGGUGUCAAUAGAAGUGCUUCUAGCAGUUCCAUGUACAAAAAGAAAAAGAAAAAGAGCGAACAAGAUCUAAAGCGUAAAUUAACUAAGGAUGAUAUUAGCCUACCUUCUAAUUUUAGACAUGUGGCACAUUUAGGAUGGGAUGUAAAUAAUAAAGGUCUAGAAUUAGAUUCUGUAGAUUUACAAUUACAACAAUUUUUUAAUAAUGCUGGUGUUUCGGAAUAUGAACUUCAAGAUAAAGGCACUCGGAAGUUUAUUUAUGAUUUUAUUGAAAGAAAUGGAGGUAUGAGUGCAGUGCAGGAAGAUAUUCGGCCAUUGGUCAAUGCAAAAAGUAGUAAUCAACCUCCUGCACUACCAGAGAGACAGGAAUAUCCUCCACCUAUUCCAGCACGAACAAUACCUCAUCAGAUUCGCAUUGCUCCGCCUUUACCUCCAAAUCGUUUUAGCGCAUCUUCUGCAUUACCGAGUGCGCCAUCUAACUUAACUUUGAGCACACCUUUAAAUACUUCAUCGAAUAUUCCACCAGUACAUAGAACCUUACCAUCGAGACCACCUCCACCAACUAUAACAUCAGCACCGGCUCUUCCUCCACCUCCACCUCCACCUCCAGUUCCUUCAAAAAUCAAUAGGAAUGUUCCUACACCACCACCUCUGCCACCUUUAUCCGACUCAAAUAGUUCUAACAACACGACAAUAAACACAAAUGUUACUAAUAACAAUAAUGAGGAGUCAAUAACUGAUCUUAGACCAAUGCUCAUGGAAUCUAUUAGAAGUGGUACAAUUUUAAAGAAAGUCGAUAAGACAGAAAUGAAACCAGCAUUAGUUGAGGAUUCAAGAGGUGAGUUACUACGACAAAUACGUGAAGGCAUUGAAUUGAAACCUGUUCGAAACGAAGCAAAAUCAAAUUCAGUACCUGCACUUCGUGGUGGCUUGGCCGAUGCAUUAUCUAGAGCUCUAGCUGAACGAUCUCGUGCAAUUCAUAGUGAAAGUGAAGAAUCCACUAGUGAUACUACCGAUGACGAUGAAUGGGAUGAUUAAAUCAGAUAAAAAGUUAAUUGAAAGGCUAUAAUAACAUACUACUGUGAUAAAUGCAUUAUUAAUAAAGACAUUAAUAAAGUUAUCUAUA